UGUAUUGCAAUUCAAAGUCAAGCAUGUCAGACACCAUAGUGUAAAACAGGUUGUCAAAUUCAGCACCUGGAUGUCCAGAGCCCUGCAGAGUUUAGAUUCAACCCGAAUUAAACACACCUGAUCCAGCUAAUCAAGUCCUUCAGGCUUAUAUGAAAACCACAUGGUAUGUGUGCUGGAGCAGGGUUGGAACAAAUCUCUGGGCUAAGGCCCUCCAGGAAGUGAGUUUGACACCCCUGGUGUAAAGUAUCCUGUAGAAUCACAUGAUCUGGCUUUGUUGGGGCUGAACUCUUCUCUCUCUGAAUGAUCUGUGAUUCAGAUCCUGUCUCUGUAAUCCCUCUAAUGCCAAAUAAACCCAUUGCCACAAUGACCUAAAGGAUCAUGGGUAAUAAUCUCCUUCUAAAGCAGAUCCAGAAUUUAGAAAGCUCUUGUGGACAGUUAAAACAGGACAAUUUUGAUCUGAGUACGGAAAAGUAGGCUAUUGAUCUGACUUGCUGAUAUUUGUGGGAAAACAGUAAUGAUAGGACACCUCUCGAAGUAGAUGUACUGACACGUACAGUUGAAUUAAGAUUAAUUUUAAGAGUGAUUUAGAUUAAAAGUAGGUCAAACUGCUGUUGAAUAAGGUGUCUUCCCCUUUGGUGAAAUCACAGAGAGCGAGUGACAGAUAAAUGGGAAUUAAUCCGCUGGCAGAUGUGCGUUUCCAUCAGAGCUCCGGCACAAGAUUUAAUCAUUUCCUCGGUGUACCAAAGAGCAAAGACGUUGUCGAGGUCGACUGCUGCCAGAUUUGAAGUUAAUCUUCACAACGGAUCCAUGUUUGCGGAUCAGAGAGUCGCCGGUGCCCUCAAUUGAGCCCGUGCGCACGGACUGGGAGCCGUUCUCCGCGCGCUCGCUCUGUCCCUGAUCGGCACCGCUAUGUCCUGAACGCGCCGCGCGCGGAAGGGAUGCUCAUUCACGGUGACUUAUUCUGGAAAGUGAUGCCCAGUUAGCACCUAUGGAUUGAGGAUGGGUGACUCCCACCAGCACGAGUGAGUGGAAAGAUGCUACUCGGAUGGAAAUUAUUCCUGUAUGGAUACAAAAAGAAGAAGGAGAUGGAUGUUGAAUGUUCCUCCUGCAGGUGCAGCAUGCUGAAGGGGACAGGUGUGAGCUUCAUCCUGCUGUGUCUGAUGGCAGAGGUCAGUCUCAGCGCACAGCAGGUCUUGAGGAUCGGUGGGAUUUUCGAGACACUUGAGAAUGAACCGAUUCGCAUGGAGGAACUUGCCUUCAAAUUCGCUGUAACCAACAUUAACAGAAACAGGACUUUAAUGCCCAACACCACCCUCACCUACGACAUCCAGAGAAUCAACCUGUUCGACAGCUUCGAGGCCUCCAGACGAGCCUGUGAUCAGUUGGCUCUCGGUGUGGCCGCCGUGUUCGGCCCGUCCCACAGUUCUUCAGUGAGUGCGGUCCAGUCCAUCUGUAACGCGCUGGAGGUCCCUCACAUCCAGACCCGCUGGAAACACCCAUCUGUGGACAACAAGGACAGUUUCUACAUCAACCUGUACCCAGACUACGCCUCCAUCAGCCGCGCUGUACUCGACAUUGUGCAGUUCUACAAGUGGAAAGCAGUGACGGUGGUUUAUGAGGAUGCAACAGGGCUAAUUCGUCUUCAGGAGUUGAUCAAGGCUCCGUCUCGCUACAGCAUCAAGAUUAAAAUCCGACAGUUACCAACGGGAAGUAAAGACGCUCGGCCGCUUCUUAAAGAGAUGAAGAAGGGGAAAGAGUUUUGUGUCAUCUUUGACUGCUCGUACCAGACCGCAGCAGACGUCCUCAAACAGCUGUUGUCUAUGGGCAUGAUGACUGAAUACUACCAUUUCUUCUUUACCACUCUGGAUCUGUAUGCGUUGGACCUGGAGCCGUACCGAUACAGUGGCGUGAACAUGACGGGUUUCCGUCUGCUCAACAUCGACAACCCUCAUGUGGCGUCAGUGAUGGAGAAAUGGUCCAUGGAGCGACUGCAGGCUCCACCCAAACCCGAGACCGGCCUGCUGGAUGGAAUGAUGACAACUGAAGCAGCUCUGAUGUAUGAUGCUGUGUAUUUGGUUGCUGCCGCGUCCCAGCGAGCGUCUCAGAUCACCGUCAGCUCACUGCAGUGUCACCGACACAAACCCUGGCGCUUCGGCUCGCGAUUCAUCAGCAUGUUCAAAGAGGCUCAGUGGAACGGACUGACCGGACAGAUCAUCAUAAACAAGACGGACGGCCUGAGGAAAGACUUCGAUCUCGACAUCAUCAGUCUGAAAGAGGACGGGAUGGAAAAGGUAAAACUAGAAAAUUAUCCCGUUUGCAUGAUCUGCAUCUGUCUAAACCAAUAUCUGUCUCACAUGUCAAAACUGGGCUUUUGUUUUCUUUUCACGUUUAUGCAAAGUGGUCGCUUUAACAAAGUAUGGAAGAAGAUCGGUGUGUGGAACUCAAACACCGGCCUUAACCUGACAGACAGCAAUAAAGACAAAAACACCAACGUGACCGACUCCAUGGCCAACCGCACGCUCAUCGUCACCACAAUUCUGGAAAACCCAUAUGUGAUGUACAAGAAGUCAGAUAAGCCUCUGUAUGGGAACGACCGGUUUGAAGGCUACUGUUUGGAUCUCCUGAAGGAGUUGUCCAACAUCCUGGGCUUCUCCUAUGAAGUCAAACUGGUGUCUGAUGGGAAAUAUGGAGCUCAGAAUGACAAAGGAGAAUGGAAUGGCAUGGUCCGAGAGCUGAUCGAUCAUGUGGCAGAUUUGGCCGUGGCACCACUCACCAUUACUUAUGUGCGAGAGAAAGUCAUCGAUUUUUCCAAGCCCUUCAUGACUCUGGGAAUCUCUAUCCUCUACCACAAACCCAAUGGCACCAAUCCAGGCGUCUUCUCCUUCCUGAACCCGCUCUCUCCGGACAUCUGGAUGUACGUGCUGCUGGCCUGCCUCGGGGUCAGCUGUGUGCUGUUCGUCAUUGCCAGGUUCACCCCGUAUGAAUGGUACAACCCUCAUCCCUGCAACCCUGAUUCAGAUGUUGUUGAGAACAACUUCACCUUAAUCAACAGUGUUUGGUUUGGUGUUGGAGCGCUUAUGCAGCAAGGAUCGGAGUUGAUGCCCAAGGCUUUGUCCACCAGGAUUGUAGGAGGUAUCUGGUGGUUCUUUACCCUCAUCAUCAUCUCGUCCUACACGGCUAACCUGGCCGCCUUCCUCACAGUGGAGCGAAUGGAUUCGCCCAUAGACUCGGCCGAUGAUCUGGCCAAACAGACCAAGAUUGAGUAUGGUGCUGUGAGGGACGGGUCCACCAUGACUUUCUUUAAGAAAUCAAAGAUCUCCACCUAUGAGAAGAUGUGGGCGUUCAUGAGCAGCCGGAAGAACACGGCGCUGGUAAAGAAUAACAGAGAGGGAAUCCAGCGCGUGAUGACCACAGAUUACGCUCUUCUGAUGGAGUCCACCAGCAUCGAGUACAUCAGCCAGAGAAACUGCAACCUCACGCAGAUCGGAGGACUCAUCGACUCAAAGGGCUACGGAGUCGGCACUCCUAUUGGCUCCCCGUAUCGUGACAAGGUGACCAUCGCCAUCCUGCAGUUACAGGAGGAGGGGAAGCUGCACAUGAUGAAGGAGAAGUGGUGGCGAGGAAACGGCUGUCCCGAGGAGGACAGUAAAGAGGCCAGCGCUCUGGGAGUGGAGAACAUCGGAGGAAUCUUCAUCGUGCUGGCGGCCGGACUCGUCCUGUCUGUGUUCGUGGCCAUCGGCGAGUUUAUCUAUAGGUCCAGGAAGAACCUGGACAUCGAGGAGGUGAGCGUGGGACAGUGUGAAUGGCAUAAUAAAUACUGAUGGAGCUGGUGGACAACGCAGGACUUCAGAGGACGUCAGUGGGAGUUUUAUAAUGUACUUUUGCUCCUCGACUUUAUUAAAUCCAAACACACACUGACGAAACAUUACUUAUAUGAUGUCAGCUGUGUGAGAACUGGUGGCGACUUUGGAUACUGAGCAACAUUUUUUUUUUUAAACAUUUUUCAUUUUCAGAUGGACAAACAAUAAGGCAUCUGUCAGUGAGAUAUGAAUCAAGACAGGAGUGUAAGUUUGCUGUUUAACUAUUACUCCAGUUACUUUAUUGUUGAGUAGUUCACUUCCAUGUAGUUUGUAUUUAGAUUUAAAAGACCUCAACGUUUUAUUCUUUACAGACAUAUUCCUUCUUAAUCUAAUUUAUGAUUUAAUCUAAGGUAUGUUUGUGAGUUUUAUUAUAGGUGAUGUUUGUAAUUUUUCAUGUUAAAAUGAGUCAGUUAUACAUCAUUGAUUCAUAGGUUGAUUUUCCAGAAGUGCAGACAACAUUUUUUUUUUUUUUUUUUUUCGUUCUUUCUUUCUUUUUUUUUCUUUUUUUCUUUACAUUUUUAUUACAAUUUCAAUUUACAAUUUAUUGCAAUAAUGAGGAAGUCAGUGUGGUUUUCAGGUUAAAAAAGGAUGCAUUUAUUUGGAAAAUCUCUACAUGGGUUAGAUUUAUGUAUUUUUCAGUAAAAACAUUUUUACAGUAAUAUCUUCACAUGUAUAACAUUAAAAUAUCAUCAGUUUCUCAAAAUGGAACUUAGAGCAGUUUCUCAAUAAUGAUGAUUAAUUUGUUAUCUUUAAGGAACAUUACUGUUUUAACAUGCAUGAAAUGUCAAAUAGUAGAUGGAAAACCUGUUUGGAAACGUUUUUUGCAUUUCAAUUUGAUGUAGAAAUGACAUACUUCACCUUUAAAGGCUCAUUCUGACUGUCUUAGCCUUUCUCUUAUGAAAUGACUUAUUUUAUUUAAUGACUGAUGGUAACAUGCAGUGUGUAAUGCAAAACCCCAUUUUUAUGUCUAUAAUGCUGAUUUAACAUGCAGGACCAGCAUUACAUGAGUCCUAACCAUACGUGAGGCGUUAAUUCAUUUUUCUGUCCUCAUUAAAAUUGUAAAUGCAGAGCAAAGUGACAAAAUCAUAGCUGAACAGAGUAGUUUGUGGUUUUAGAUGCAAUGAGGGGGAUUUUGAGAAUGCGCAACACAUCUAAAUGUCAUGGCUCUUAUAGGACAAAACCUCCAAUUAUCAGACUGGUUACAUUUUAUUCAGUCUACAGGUGCAAGACUUUGUCUUCAUGUUUUCAUCAUUUCUGCUUUUGUAUUGUUUGACACUUAUGAAAAUGCAUAUAAAUAUUUUAUCACUUUGAAAUUAUUUCUUUAUGAGCAAAAUAUGUGUUUUCCUUGGUUUCUUGAUUUAUUAUUUGCCUCUUGUAGAUUGAUAAGUGCUUUAAUGAUUUUUGGCAUGCAAAGUUUUUUUCAGGGAUGGACGUCCAGUCUUCUGCAUCUGAAAAUACCAUGAGUAUUUUAUUAUUGAAGCUCUUUGGUGAUUGGCUUCUGUGGAGAAAACUGCAUUGUGAUGUCUUUUCCAUUCCUUUUUUUAAAGGUUUGUUUUAAAGCUUUGUUUGAGAAACAAACUUAAAUUUAAGUUGCUUUUGUCCCAAAUACUUCAGCAGUCAUUACAUAUGUGAACCACUUCUGUUUGGUAAGUGAAAUUACGUGAAACCUUUCACUUUUGGGUGAACUAUUGCUUUCAGAAUAAUUGAAAAAUGGGUGACCAUAUGGAGCUACUGUGGAGCUUCUUUGAUGGCUUGUCAUCUCUCCACAGGUGUGGUAAAGUCCUUGUUGAAGCCUCUGAUAGAGAAUAUACUCUAGUGAAUGUGCUAGUCUUUGUCAGUUUUUCACUUCUCAUGUUUCACAAUUUCCAUAUUAUUAUGAACGCUGGCUUCAGGGCUCGACCCAUCAAAAGAAUAAUCUCUGAACUCGUAAGAGACCUAUGAAAUGAUUCCAUGCAAAUGAAGAUCAGAUCAGAUGUCUCGUGUACAGUGUGUGUGAUUUCUGCCUCCCUCCAAAGACGUUGGGGGUUUUACGUGAAAGAAACACUGAAUGAAAAAAGACUUGCUUUCAUUUUUCACCCUUUUCAGACCUUUUGAAUUUGCCACGGGAAGAACCUGAAGGCGAAUCAAAAACAUCAACCUCUUCAAAACUGAGUACAAAUUUACACACUUGUUUUCUCUCUGCUUUUGACUAUUAU